AUGAAAGUCAAUAACACUGCAUUGAUGCUGCGAUUCCUUGAUGCAAGUGCAAGGAUACCAAAAAUUAGUUAUGAUAGUGGCCCGUUGUCAAAUAUAAAUUUGGGCUUGGCUAUUUGCGUACCAGAAUCUUGCACACCACGUGAAGCUGUUGACGCGCUGUUCAUAAACCUUACAAUUUACAAUUUAAAUUUGGAAGAACAGUUUUGCCGCCUCCCAAACGACAAGCCUUGGGUACCGUCUGAUUAUAUAGCAAUAAUAAUAUUUUCAACAAUACUAUUCCUUGUAAUACUUAGCACGUGUUACGAUGUUUGGUAUUCGAUUAUUCUAAAAAAAGAGACAAAUAGAAUAAAAACAAUUUACAGUUGUUUCUCAGUAUACACUAACACACGGCGUUUAGUAACUUUUAAACCAGGCGCCGAUCCGUUGCAUUGUAUAGAUGGCAUCAGAUCGUUGGCGAUGCUUUGGGUUGUCCUGGGUCACACUUUUCUGUCAGUGUUUUCCAGCGUUAAUAUACUCGAAGUAUUUCAGUGGGCUACUUCACCUAGAGCACUAUGGAUCACUUCCGCCACUAUUACCGUCGACACUUUUUUCAUGUUAAGCGGCUUACUUAUUGUUUACUCCACAGCGGGUAAACUUUCUACCAUGCAACUCCUAAAAAACAUCCAUUUAUUUUAUUUGAAUCGACUUCUUCGAAUGUUUCCGAUACUCGCUGCGCUUAUUCUUUACGAGGUGUCUUUUCUUAAUCGAGUGUUUGAUGGUCCGAAAUGGAAUGAUAUGGUUGUGCCAAUACUCAAUUGCAGGCAAUAUUGGUGGUCAACGUUACUGCACAUUCAAAAUAUAUAUAAUCCUUCGCAUUUGUGUAUUUCCGUCUCAUGGUAUCUUUCUGUGGACGUUCAAUUGCACUUACUGUCACCGAUUAUCUUAGCUUGGGUAUUGAGUGGGAAGAAAAAUAUUGCAUGGACUGCGUUGAUAGCCGGAUUAUUCACUUCGAUCGUUGGCGCUUCCAUAUAUAAUUUUAUAAACAACUUCAAAUCUGGCUUCUUUGCACAAAACAUGGAUGAUCUAGAAAGAUAUAAUGCUUACUACUACUCAAACACGCUUACUCGUGCUUCUCCGUUUUUUGUUGGAAUGAUUAUUGGAUACAUAUUACACUUAUGGAAAGGAAAACGUCCACAAAUCCCUAAGACAAUUAUACUAACAACUUGGAGCUUUGCAUUGCUAGUUCUCGCUGGUGUGAUUUAUUGCGUGCCCUUAAGUCUUCGAGAUGGUUGGAAUAAUCAGUUAGUUGAUAAUUUAAUAAACUCUUAUAUGAGACCUGCCUGGGCUUUAGGCCUUGGAUGGCUGAUAUUCGCUUGCGUUAAAGGAUAUGGAGCAGUAAAUUCUUCAUCAAAUGUUCAACCAUACUUUUCUAUUCCAAGAAUUAUUUUCGACACAACAGCAUUCUUAUUUAUAACAAUGAUUAUAGCUUUUGUGGUAACAGUUACAAUAGAUGCUCCCUUUUCCACAUUGACGAAGCUCCUCUUAACUAAAGAUAAGAAAAACACGAAUACCACAGAUAUGAGAAACGGUAUGCAGGUGCAUAAAAAACAGGGUGAAAUA